UCCAAACCAAACUAAUCCAUCCAGUCUCCAUGGCAGAUCAGUCGAAGCCCCGCGGCUCCAGCCACCCCCUCCACAGAACCCUAGCCAGCGCCGCCAGCCUCGCCAACCUUCUCCCAACCGGCACCGUCCUCGCCUUCCAGGCCUUGAUGCCUUCCUUCUCCAACCAUGGCACCUGCCAGCAGAUGUCGAAUAAGUACCUGACGAUAUCUCUCGUUGGCUUCUGCGCCGCCCUCUGCUUCCUCUCGUCGUUCACUGACGGCUUCGUGGACGGCGACGGCAAGUUCUACUACGGCAUCGCGACGUUCAAGGGGCUGUACAUCUUCAACUACGACAAUCGCGAGGGCGAUCAGGAGAGGAAGAGCAAGGCGGAGCUGGCGAGGUUCAAGAUCGGCUUCAUAGACUUCGUUCACGCGUUCGUGUCCCUGGUGGUGUUCUUGGUGCUGGCUUCGAGCGAUCCGGAGGUGCAGAGCUGCCUCUUUCCGGCGGCCGGAGCCAACCGGAAUGUGUUGAUUAUCAAUCUGCCGUUGGGGGCUGGCGUUCUGUCGAGCUUUCUCUUCAUUCUCUUCCCCACUACUCGCAGAGGUAUCGGAUAUGCAGAAACUGCAGCUCCUCCUGGCUCGGUGAAUUCCCCAUGAUCUUGAUACAUGAUUUAGGCCAAUCCAUGCAUAUAUAUAUAUAUAUAUAGUGUAAGCUUCAUGUAAUGACACAUAUAUAUAUAUAUAUGCAUGUAUAUCCUUAAUUUAGAUUUGGUAUGUACAUUGCUUAAUUAUGUUUAGAAUUGAUGAUGUAAUAGAUUUUACUU